CAACAGCAAGAUACCAAUUUGGAACAUGAAGAUUGUAAUUCUGCUUCUUUCUCUCCUGGGACUGACAUUCUGUUUACCCGUCAAUCAAUUUGGUAGACGCUUUGCUACAAGCAACAGCAGAGAAAUAUUACGGCUGAUGCAAAGGUACAAAGCCCAAGGAAACGUUCCGCAGCAAACACAGCAAAGGUCAAAUCCUGGGAUUGGACUGCCUCCAGCAAAGCUGGUUCCAGAUCAGCAUCCAUUAGCAAACCAUAUCCCCAGUGAGAUUCCUGCAUUUGAACGGCCUUUUGCAAAUUACCCCAUUUUAACUGCACAGAACCCACAGGAGCUGGGAAGUCCUACCCUACAGAACUUUCCUGGCUUCAAUGUACUACCAUUAACCCAAAUGGUUCCAAUAGAUAUCAAUUAUCUUGCUCUGCUAUUAGGAGCAUUAUCCACAACACAAACACAACCUCUACCAGGUGGUGGGUUGAAUAUACCACAGCAGCUGCUGCCACCACCACAAUCAAUGUUUCCAAUUAUAUUUACACAAAUGGGACCUCAGGGCACAGUCCUCAGUUCUGAAGAAAUGCCGACCUCCCAGGUCAUGGCAGCGUUUCUCCUCCCUGGACUACCAGGUGGUUUGUUCCCUUCAGGCCAGUCUGGGGCCCUCCCUGAAGAUCAAGAUGAACUGCUUCCAGCAGGUCAAGUGGGAACCAAUCAGGGCAACCUUCCAUUUCCAGAGAGUACAGCAGCAGGCAUCCAAAAAGGGUCCCCAGCAACUGAAGAUGGCCUGAAUGUAGCCCCAGGUGCCUUCUACCCAACCCCCUCUGGUUUCAGACAACCAGGUGUAGUGACAAAUGAAGUGUUUGUAGAACCAACUGGUGGCAUACAUAUGGAGCCAAGUGAACUUCGGGAACCACCUACCUCUCUUGUUGGACUUGAUAAAGGCAAUAAUCAGAAGCUUCAAAACUUGUCUCAAUCACCUGUGAGAGGAGAUAGUUACAUGCCAAUGACUACCACAGCUAGUAAGCCCUUAAAGGCACCAUAAACCAAUGAUGUGUGUCACUGCAACAAAAUGCUUCAAUUUGACUUUCAAAUACUGAUUUUAAUGUGUAAUACCUGUUUUGGUUUUUUUGAGUUAGGGUGGUAGGAAAGUUAGGUUUAUUAAAAAAAACAUUAAUAGGUUGAAACCAACAAUCUGAUUGUGAUUGAAUUGUGCUAGAAAAUACAGUUUUUAGAAAAGGCUUUUCACAAUUAAACUCUCUUUUAGCUUCACACUUCUUUGUGAUCAGAUCUUCAUGCAUUUCCUUCAUACAGGCAUUAUUUUGCUGUUAGCCUGCUAUAAUAUAAGACAUGGUUGCUCUGAACUCUAAUGUAUCAGUUCAUAGUAAAUGUCUUCCUUGUUCUACUUUGAUGAUUUUAAUAAAUAUUAUUUAAACUGUU